GUUCGCCGAUGGCCGACGAGGACCUGGACCUGCUCGAGGUCAUCUUCGGGGCGACCUCGGACGCAUCGACCGAGGAUCUCGCCGCCUUUCUCGCGGCCACACCGGCCUUUGGACCCUCUCAACGCAAGCGGCGGUACCAAGAGCCCAAGGCCGAGAUCGCUUAUCUGCGCACCAAGCGCGAUGACCUUUUGGCGCAGCUGCGUGCGCUUCAGCCGCAGCAAGACGUCGCCGCGCUGUCGCCGUGGCAGGUACGCGCCACCGAGCAGGCGCAGCUUGCCCAGCGCAGUUUGCAAGAGAACGUGCGGCUCCGCGGCUACGUGCAAGACCAGCUCCGCGUGAUCGCGGCGCUCGAAAACGUACUCGCCAAGCGGCCGCGACUCGCCGCCUUUGCCUCACACGAAGCCGACCGCAGCGUUCUCGGUGCCUUGCACCGCGAAUCCACACUCGAGCAGCUUGUUCAGCGCGAGUUUGACCGGAUCGAUUCGGUGUACGUUCGCCACGGCUUGUACGGCAUGCUGGCGACCGCGACGCCAGUCCGCCGAGCAUAUGUGCAGAGCACGGACGACAUGCUGCAGCUCAGCGUUCUCACGGGCAUGAUCAUGGACUUUCCAAUGGCAGGCACGGCCGACCUCAUCUGGGCCGACAAGACGGGCGUCAAACCAAACAGCACGGUACUCGCUACGAUCCACACCGACUUGGUCUACGUCAAAGAGGUGUCGAGUGCCACGUCUCACGCCGCGGUGCCGCCGCUGGAAGCGCACAUGGCCGUGCGGCGCUACACGUUUGCAGACCGCAUCGCGAUCGUCUGGCGAUCGGUCCUCGAAGAUACCGAGUGUCCGCACGCGGCAGAAAAUUGGGUCGACAACCGGUCGGGCUGGAUUGUGGUCCACGCCACAGACGACAAGGACACGUGCUACCUGCAAGGAUACAUCACGCAGACGACUCCCAUCGUACCAGACGCGCAGCCACCGAUCGUUGGCGGUCUCUCAGAGCUCUUUCUUACUGCGUGGCAGUCCAACUUGAGCGAGUCGUGGCACAAACUAGAUGUCAAGAGCUCGCGGGCGUGGCUGAGCGACAUGCACACCAAGUAUCUCGAGGCGUCCAAGGCUGCUGAAUCUUCUACGUCAUAAGUCGGUGCCCUUCCUACGAGUUCUUCAGUUGUACA